CUGGCUAGGAGGGACCAGAUCCAGUACGAGGAGACCAUGCCAUGGAGGAGCGCGGAGGUGGCCGUGAAUCUAGGAGGAGGUGGCGGGGACAGGGCACCGUACAACUGCCCGGCGAUGAUACGCGAUCCGAAGAGGAUGAGGUGCUAUUUGAGGAUCUCUUUGGUCAUGCGUUUGAUGGAGUGAAGGUGCUACUUGAGGAUUCUUUUGUUUCCGCAUCUGAUAGCAAGAGCCCCAAGAAUAAUCUGAAGUGUAGAUCAUUUAGUGUUUCUACUCUUUGCUCACCUUCAAGGUUUCUACCUGAGAAGUUUGGAGGCAACUCACAUGGAUUUCAUUACAUUGGUAACCUUGCUGAUGCUACAAUUAUGAAUGUUGAACUUUGUUGUGAGAAGCAAUUCAAUAAGUUGGACCUAGGGCCUCCCAAUUUUGACAGCAUCUGUGGAAUUAUACUGGCACAAAAGGUGAAGUGCUGGCAGAUCAGGUGUCUAACUAAAGCCCCGCAAGCUGCUGGUGCAAUUCACACUGAUUUUGAAAGAGGCUUCAUGUGUACUAAGGAUAUGGUGUUGGAUCUUUCGGAUAUUAGCAAGGGGAGCAUCAAAUGCAUUCACUUUACCGUUCUGAAGUUACAAGUUCAUGAUCCUUUGAUAUCCAUUCUAAUGUAUCAGAGAAAACUGCUGAACAAGAUGUUCUCUUCACGCCAUGUCUUAUCUCAGUUGCAAUAUUAUAGAUUUUUUUCAUCAAGGAAGCAGAGGAAGGCAAUGAAUCAAAUUGAAGAUUUGAAGGCAAGGAACAUAGCCAUUCUGUGUUUGGAUGAUGGUUUUGAAGAAGUCUUAUUAAGCUUCAAAAGUGUAAUAGCGCAAAUGCGCCAGAAUUCUUAUGAUUAUGGCAAGCGAGUUGAUCUCUCCAAGCGUUAUGGACCUGGCUACAAGGUGUACACAGCAGGAGGAGCUGGGGCAUUCCAUGUGAUAAUUCAGCAUUGCAAAGCGUCAUUGCGCAUGUCUUUUUCAGCAAGAGACCUGUAUUCCAGAGCUUGGAGAAAUGAGUUGGGAACAUUUGUCAUGGCACCAGAUGUCACAGGGUGGUUAUACAUAAUAAAUGAAGACCAUCAAACUCUUUCGUUCACAAGCAGUUAUACCUAUGGCGGUCUUGGUGGAGACGACGUCAAGGACACGUGGAUUGGCGUUGAUGCACUCCGUCACGCAUUUCAUGUGAUACGCAAGUCAGAUGGAAGGCGCACAGACCUUCUUAGACAAGCUAUCAAGAUUGUCAGCAUUCACUUGUCAGAAUCAGCCCGCCUCCAGUCAGUUUUUGAAGCAGUUUGCAAGUCCAUGACUGAUGAUACGCGAACCACUUUGGAUGUUGAACCUGAGGCUGCAGCCGGUGCUGCUGAAGCCACCGGCUGCAGCCGGUGCGGCUGCAGCCGGUGCUGCUGCAGCCGGUGUUGCUGCAGCUGGUGCGGCUCGGCCAAUAAGAACUCAUACCCCCUCGUUUUGGGUAGAGAAUUAUGGUUACUACUCCAAACAGGCGAUGAAAGCGGUUGACAAGUAUAUUUCAGAAAACGAGGAGUACACAAUUGAAAAUGUUAUGGAUGGUCAGGUAAAGUCAGCAGAGGAGAUCUUCAGGGAGAUCCGAAUACUAUCCCGGGAUGUGUAUCGCGACGAUGUUUUUGCUGAUAAAGUUGGUGAUCCACCGCUAGCGCCACCAAUAGAAUCUCCUCCGGAUGCCACGGGAUAUGAUGUAGAAUUUCCCUAUCCACAGUUAAGUGAGUGGGAAACCGGCAUGUCUCAGUAGGCUGAAAAUUAUUUCAGUACAGCUCAACCAGCAUGGUUGGAAGGCAUCCUCGACCAAUCAUUACUCUGCUUCCUUGGCCUACAGUUUGUAGUUUCUUGGCUCCAUUGACCAGUCUUCCCUGGAAAAAAUCUGGCACAUCAAGGCUGAAGAAAAAGUGAGAUUUUUCAUUUGGCUGCUGGCACAAAAUAGGCUUCCCACUGCUGACAGAUUACAAGCAAGAGGCUGCGACCACGAAGACACAUGUUCUCUAUGAUCAGACACUUGAAACCGCGGCUCACCUGUUCUGCCACUGUCCGUUUACUGCCGAAGUGUAAUUCAAGCUGCACUGUAGACUGCACCCCAACCAAGAUGCUGCUACCAGCUACAACAACAUUCAGGUCCCAACUGUUCAAGACUGGUGGGCUCGCCACACCUCUGCCCACAAGCAAGACGCCCAGCAAGCCAUGUACCUCGCCUGGAACAUUUGGAAUGUAUCUUCAACCAUGUUGCUUGAACCACUGACGAUGUUGCCUCCUUGAUUAUCUCUGACCUCAACCAUUUAAGGGUAGCCUUACUUAGACCGCCACCUGAACUAGACUGAUGUCCACGGCUAAUUUUUUGUACUGUGCCUAAUGGCAACUCCCUUGUACAUUCUCUAUCUGUAAUGCAAAGGCAGAGCACCUGCCAUUCGUCCUCAAAAAAAAGUACAACACCACCAGAGACGUGCUGAUCCCAAGACUUCAAAAUCUUGUUGAUUAGUGGUACCUAACAUACUGUAGCACUUUCCCAGUUUUUGCACUCGUACCAUCUCCGAUAUGACGCAAUGCCUGGAUCCCAUGUGGUGGAGUCACCACAUGCAUGUGUAAUGCCAUUUGCCGAGAAUACAGGCUGUACUUCAGAUUGUUCAGUUCCAGUGCGGCUGUCGAAGUACAUAUGGUUUGUUCUAAUAGUUCUAACAGUUUCACUGGGUGUGAUGAAAACCUUGCACUGCUAGGGCUCUGAAUAUUCUGCGGUUUCUUUGGCCAAACUUCAUUGGCAGUGUAAGCACUGGCUUUAGGACAAUAUGAAUCAAUAUGCUGCUGCUUCGGAAUCACUGAUUAUGAAGUAAUCUUCCUUUUUAUUCAUUUUUUAUCUGUAAAUGGAAUUGUUAAUGAAUAUGCUACAUUCGCUGACUCUAUUCCAUUCCUUGACUUUA